GAUGGAUGGAUGGACCUACACUGCCUUUUUAUUGUCAAUAUCCUAACUAUCAGAUGAUACUGUAUUAUACUGCACUAAAAUAGUAUUAUUCGAAGGAGAGCUAAAAAGUUAAACGCAGGAAGCUGUUGUUGUUUGCCUCUUCCUUUUCUCACAGAAAACAGCCUCAUUUUGCUCAACUGUAAACAAAAUGUUCCUGUAAUAAUUUGAUUCUUGUGAGCCUCUGCCGUCAUUCAAAGGUCCUAACGUGGAAGCAGUACAUAUUUUUAACACUUCCAAACCCCUUAAACAGCGACCUGUGAAGACUAGUGUUUUGUUUUUGGCUCUCCCGGUGGUUUCGGUUAUGAUGAAUCGAGCACGGAAAGCGAAACUUAAAGUCGGUAUUUAAAGGUGCGCUGAGCAGCACCCUGUCAUUACACAACACCAGGCGACAGGACUGAAGAUAAACCGCACAUCACGACUUGACUGCUCUGAUGAACCAUGGAAAGCCAAAAUAAGCCACAAGUACAGCAAAGACGAGCUCAAGAGAGAGAUGGUGGGGGUGGUAGAGGUAGAGGUGGCAGAAGAGGAGGUGUGGGAGGAGGCCCAGGUGGAGGUGACAGAAGAGGAGGACCAGGUGGAGAAGACAGAAGAAGAGGUGCAGGGGGAGGACCAGGUGGAGGUGACAGAAGAGGAGGUGCAGGAGGUGGACCAGGUGGAAGUGACAGAAGAGGAGGUGCAGGUGGUGGACCAGGUGGAGGUGACAGAAGAGGAGGUGCAAGGGGAGGACCAGGUGGAGGUGACAGAAGAGGUGGUGGCAGACACGGGAAUGAGAGAGGUAGAGGUGAGAGGAGAGGAGACUACAGAGAGAACCACAGGCUAGAUGCAUCAAGGGAAAGAGCUGGAGCAGAAGGUACUCAAAGAGGAGAAAGGAGUGGAGGAUAUUGUCAGAGAGGAAGAGGAGGCCAGGCAAGAGGGAGGAGUAGAGAUGCUACACCUGAGGUACGAAAACUUGGGUACAAAGCACUGGAGGAGCUACUGGAGAAAGAUGCAUCUGUGGUGGCCAUUACUCUCUCCUCUAGUGUGGGUCUGCAGGCUUUGCUGAUGGAAACAAACAUGCGGCAGGACCUCGUACAGCUGCUCUGCCAGGUUCUCUGCAAAGCUUUUCAGUCUAGGCAUGACCGCAGAAUAGUGCUCCAUUUAGCUCAGGUGGUGAAGGACUCUAGCUUCUUCCAAACUGUGCUUCCUCACUAUGUGGCUGGAAUGAUGUCUGAUCAUGUCCCUGCUCGGAGACAGCAGUAUCCACAGCACCUGGACAACAUUAUCAACCUUGUGUCUGGUGUGCUCAGCAUGUUUCCAUCCAGCUCUAUGCAUUCCAUCUCAAUGUUGGUGGCUCUCUUGAAACCAGUGGUCAAUCAGCUGCGAGCUUAUGGCAUAGACUUUCGAUGCACAAUUGAUGAGGAUCUGGAGAAGAUUCAAGGCAUGGUGGAACACCUCCAAGAGAAAGCAAGAGAUGGGACCUUGAGAUCAGACAACUAUACUGUUCUCAUUGGCAAUGAUGAUACUCCCGAAGGGGAGGAAGACUUCAGGACCAUGACCAUUUACCCAACCCCUGAAGAAUUCCGCCAGGACCAGAAACCUUUUCUCCGGGCUAACAUUAUGUCACAAAAUUACCCCAGUGCCCAUAUCUACCUGGAUACACAUUUUAGGCUUCUGAGAGAAGACUUUGUGAGGCCAUUACGUGAAGGUAUUAGGGAAUUACUCCAAAGCCAGCAUGAUGAGAGCCUCAGUGGUGUGCCAAUAAGAAAGAGACGCUUUGAUGAUAUCAGGGUCUACUUUGACACUCGAUUGGUCAUACCUCUCUGCACUCCUACAGGCACUGCCUACAGAGUGCAAUUUGACCCACGGCCCCUUCAGUUUGUUCGUUGGGAGAAUUCCAAGCGGCUGCUGUAUGGGUCCCUAGUCUGCUUGUCUAUGGACCAUUUUGAAACGUUCCUCUUUGCUACGGUAUCUGACCGUGACCCCAAAGAACUGAGAGAGGGCCAGGUGCAGUUGAGUUUCUCUAGAAACAGCCGAGCUCAACUGGCCACCAUCCAGGCCUGUCAUUCCUUCCUGAUGGUUGAGACCACUGCCUAUUUUGAGGCCUACCGCUAUGUCCUGGAGGGGCUUCAGGAACAAGAGGAGGAUGAUCUCCCCUUUCAGAGAUACAUUGUAGAAUGUAACACAGAUGUCCAUCCACCAGCAUACCUUCUGCCGUUUGAGAGAACUUAUGAUCUGGCUUGCAUAGCAGCAGAGGGUCAUAAGGACAGUCUGAAACCAUUUAACCCCCUCACCCCUAUUGCCUGGCCGACUGAAGAGCAACUGGGUCUUGAUGACAGCCAGCUCCAAGCCCUUAAACUGGCCCUCACCAAGGAGCUGGCCAUCAUACAGGGUCCACCCGGGACAGGGAAGACAUAUGUGGGGCUAAAAAUCGCUAAGGCUCUGUUAAAUAACAGUAUGGUGUGGUCAGCUAAUUCUCCUAUGCUGGUGGUCUGUUACACCAACCAUGCUCUAGACCAGUUUCUAGAAGGUAUCCACAGUUUCUUGCAGAAGGGCAUUGUGAGGGUUGGUGGCCGCAGUAACAGUGAGAUCCUGAAGCGUUUCUCUUUGAGGGAGCUGACCAGGAUGUCAAACUUCCGCAGAGAACUGCCAGCACACCUUAAGAAGGCUUAUUUUGAGAUCCAGAGGGAGAUGCAGGAUGCACAGACCCUUAUAAAGAAACAGACAGGUUACCUAGAGUGCAGUCUGCGUGGAGUCAUUAAUGAGCACUUCCUGCAAAAGUACAUGUCUGAUGAGCACUGGCAUACUCUGAAUCUGCAGGCUGAGAUGCUGGGUGGAUUUGCAAAUGUAGGAAAGAAGCAAUCUAUGAUCAUGGAAUGGCUUUGCCUUGGGGUGUUUCAGCAGCAAACUGCCAAAGUUGAAGCAGAGGCAAAUGAUGAGGUGGAAGCAGUAGAGGAUGAGCAGCUGUUGGAAGUGGAUGAAGAGGCAGCUCUGAUUGAGGCUGAAAGAAUCCUGGAGGAUUCAGACCCUAGGGGGCGAGAUAACCAUGAACGCAAGAGGGAGGAGGAGACCAUAGCGGAACUAGCUGAGAUCAUGCUGGCCAUGAACCUAAAUCAGGCUGACGAACAACCUUCACAGGCACAGGCACAGGCACAGACACAAGCACAGGGACAGAGACAAGUUAAUAAUGAUGAGUGGGAGAUGCAACGUCACCAGAAGAAGAAGAUAAAGCAGAUGGCCCAGAAAGAGUUAAAGAAAAGUGAGGUUAUGAGUGAGGAAGAAGAGCAGAAAGUAUGGAAUGUAUGGCAGCUUAACCUAAAAGACAGAUGGAGACUUUACCGCCUCUGGGUGUUGCGGUAUCAUAUUGAACUUCGUAGAAAAGCUCUCCAGGCUGAACAAGUCUAUCAGGAUGCCGCAGAGCGCCUUGCUGAAAUCCGUCGCCGUGAGGAUCUCUGUGUGCUCCAACAUGCCAAAGUCAUUGGCAUGACCACCACAGGGGCAGCCAAAUACCGACAGGUCCUGCAGGAGCUCAAACCAAGGCUGGUGAUUGUGGAGGAGGCAGCUGAAGUGUUGGAGGCCCACACUAUUACCACACUCAGCCGAGACUGCCAUCAUCUCAUUCUGAUUGGAGAUCAUCAACAGCUGAGACCUAGCGCCACAGUGUAUGAACUAGCCAAAAAUUUCAACCUGGAGGUGUCUAUGUUUGAGAGACUUGUCAAAGUGGGAUUUCCUUUUGUCAGACUUAACUACCAGCAUCGUAUGAGACCAGAUAUUGCUUGUCUUUUGACUCCUCAUAUCUACUCUGAGCUGGAGAACCAUGCUUCUGUACUGGAUUAUGAAAACAUCAAGGGAAUUAUUACAAAUAUUUUCUUCAUCGACCACAAGUCCCAUGAGGUGGAAAUCAAGGAUGGACGGAGUCAUCAGAACCUUCACGAAGCACAUUUUGUGGUGGAACUCUGUCGAUACUUGUUGCGUCAGGAUUACGAGCCCUCUCGUAUUACCAUCCUCACCACCUACACUGGACAGCUCUACUGUUUACGCAAGCUCAUGCCCUCAGCUGAAUUUGCAGGGGUCAAAGUGCAUGUUGUUGAUAAGUAUCAAGGUGAAGAAAAUGACAUUGUCAUAUUGUCAUUGGUGCGCAGUAAUUCGGAGGGCAGGGUUGGGUUCUUGCAAAUACCAAAUCGUGUUUGCGUAGCACUUUCUCGUGCCAAGAAGGGACUAUACUGUCUUGGAAACAUGGAUAUGUUUAGCAAGGUGAAGCUGUGGAGUAACAUACUUCACACCCUGAGGGAGAAAGGUCAAGUAGGACAGUUUUUGACACUGAGCUGUCAGAAUCAUCCAGAAACACGAACCCUGGUGUCUUCUUCAAAGGACUUUACAAAGGUCCCCGAAGGUGGGUGCAACAAGCCCUGUGAGUACCGCUUGGACUGUGGCCAUGUGUGCAUUCGCAUGUGCCACCCUUAUGAUGCUGACCACAAGAAAUAUAAAUGUGCCAAGGACUGCCCCAAAGUGCUGUGUGAGCUUGGGCAUAAAUGUCCUAGACGGUGCUAUCAGAAGUGUGGUAAAUGUGAGGUACAUGUAGAGAAAGUUGUUCCAAAAUGCCAGCACAAGCAGAAAAUGCCCUGUCAUCAGGAUCCAGAAGAAUUUGUCUGCAAGGAGCCAUGUCAGAAAAAUCUGAGAUGUGGACACCAAUGCCAGGCAAGCUGUGGUGAGCCAUGCACUGUCAAUUGUAAUGUACCAGUUCCUAUGAAGUUAAAAUGUGGACAUUCCCAGGAAGAACCAUGCCACUUCUCAAGGGACCUUCAAAAUCAGCCAGCAUGCAAGACCCCAUGUGAGACAGUCCUGAAAUGUGGACAUUCUUGCUCAGGGACUUGCCAUAAAUGCCACCAGGGUCGCCUCCACAAAGCUUGUAGACAUGAAUGCAAGCAUGUCCUUCCCUGCUCACACAAAUGCUGUGUGCCGUGCCCAAGAAACUGCCCACCAUGUACCCGCCCUUGUCAAAAUCGUUGUGUUCACAGUGUGUGCAUGAGGAAAUGUGGACAGCCUUGUGCCCCUUGCAUGGAACCCUGUGAGUGGCAGUGUCCACACCAGCGUUGUAGCAAACUCUGCCAUGAGCCAUGUGACCGUCCACCAUGUUUAAAGAAAUGUGACAAGGUCUUGCCCUGUGGACAUCCCUGUAUAGGUCUUUGUGGAGACCCUUGCCCAAAUAAGUGCCGCAUAUGCCAUCAUGACGAAGUGAUUGAGAUCUUCUUUGGUAAUGAAGAUGAGCCAGAUGCUUGCUUCAUACAACUAGAGGACUGCAAGCAUGUAAUUGAGUCUACUGGCAUGGACCGAUACAUGGGCAUGGAUGAGGAUGAGGGAGCUGAUCUAGAUCAGCGUGCUAUCCGGCUGAAGGAGUGUCCCAGGUGUCGAACCCCCAUUCGUAGGAAUGUGCGCUAUGGUGCCCAUAUCAACCGCAGCCUGGCAGAAAUUGAGAAGGUCAAGGAACAGAUCAAUGGUCAGCAGUCUGACAUUCAGAAUAAGCAAAAGGAACUCCAGUUGCUUCUGGAGAGGAAGGACAACUUUAAGGAGCAGCUUCCUGUACAGCACUUAAGGAUCACUGAGAGGCUUCAGAAGUCUGACUUAUCUCUUCUAGACCUCUGGCACCAGGAAAACUUGAUAACAUUCCUGGAGAGCCUUGGGAAGCUAAUAAAGAUGCAAAAAAAUCACAUGUCUUCAGUCAUCGGUGAUUUAUUUUCACUGCGCAUAAGGGAAUUCCUCAAUUUCCUGUGUGAUACAUUCCAGAGAUUCUCCGAUCAGCAGAUGGACGAUCUAGAACGUGAAAUGAAGAGGCUUUUCUACCUAGCUGAUCUCAAUGUCCGUUGCAGUAUGGCCACGUAUACUGUGCUGGAUGUAAAAGUCAAUGCAGAGGUGAGACAGGCAAGACAGAUCCUGGAGGACACACGGCCAUUCACUGAAAAUGAUGAAGAUAAAGUGAAGGAGAUUUUUAAAGAGCUGGAAAAUAAGCUUCCACGCUCUGGCCUGGGUAUCACUGAUGAAGAAAGGGUGAUGAUUGUUAAAGCCAUGGCUCUCCCACAGGGACACUGGUAUAAGUGUCCUAAUGGGCAUGUGUAUGCUAUCGGAGAUUGUGGAGGUGCCAUGGAACGUCGCCAAUGUCCUGAAUGCAAUGCUACUAUUGGUGGAACCAACCAUACCCUCACUGAGGGUAAUGCUGUAGCUGGAGAAAUGGAUGGAGCACAACAUGCUGCUUGGUCAAAUGAUGCAAAUUUGAUACGUUUUAACCCAAGGGACAUUUAAAAUGUUUUGUCCUCCUUGCAGUGAUAAUGAAUUGCAUGCUAUUUUAUGUAUGUAAACAAAAUUCUGUAUUCUUUUAAAGGCAAUUUUAAAACGGCUCCUUAUCUAAAAGUCAAGUAUAUACACACAUCUAACAAAAUAAUGCACCUUUUUAACCAUUUAAAAAAAUAAAUAAAAUAAAUAUAUAUACAAUCCUAUUACUGUAGAUCAAAAAACUGUUCUAAUGAAGUAAUUGCUGAGGUAUAGCACAGAUAUUACGUGUUUUUUUUUAUACCAGUAGGGGGCAGGAGUGUACUGAUGAAAGUAACUCUCCAGGCUGAAAGAUAGACAAAUGAAAUUAGUUGCAUUACUUGCAUAUAUGUUGAUGCCUGUGUGUGUGUGUGUGUGUGUGUGUGUGUGUGUGUGUGUGUGUGUGUAUGUAUGUGUGUGUGUGUGUGUAUUUGUGAGUGUUUGAGCCUGUGUAAUCAUUCUCCUAUUUUUUGUAAAUGUUUGUGACAUUACUAAUAUUACUCCUCCACUUAUUCAUACUAUCAGUGCUGUAAACUAUGUGCAGAGACCUGACGUGCAUAUAUUGGCUUUUUGAGCCUCACAGAUUUACUAUAUCAUAAAAUGGCAAGACAAGGUCAGCAAAUUUAUCUUACCCUCUGAGAAAACAUUGCAGCACUUCCAUUUAACCUGCUUUGUGAAAGCGUGUAUCAGUUUAUUACAUGAUGAAUGUAGCCUUCUCACAGCAUGAACUCAAACUUUGCUCUUUUCAGGCAAAAACAACAACAACCCUGCAAGGGCAGGAAAAAGGGUUGUGUCAGAAAAUGAGGAAAUAGCAAGCCUACAAAUGGAUUUUUGUCAAUGUUUAUGGCAAGUGUUUUUAGAGGCAGGUCAGAGGAGAGAGUAAAAAAAAAAACCCUCAAAAGAAACUAUAAUAUCCUUAUGGUCGUUCUCCCAUCGAUCAAGUUUCUUUUUGGGAAAACUUCUUCUGCUUAAUAUAGAAUCUGUUUGAGAAGGGAUUCAUUGGGUCGGGGUUGGGGAUGGAUGGAGGGGUAGGGGAUCAUAGAUUUGAUUAUAGAUGUGACCAUAGAUUUUGGUGGUGUAGGACAACAUUAUUAACAACAUAGCCUCAAUUAAAAUUAAGUUGAGAGACUUUCAUAUUUGACUUAUGCUACUGGCUACUAGCGAUCUAGUGAAAAUCAUGUAUUUCUUUUUGUAAAUCUCAUCAUAGGCAGUUGAACAUCAACAGCAUAGAGUCAUUUAGCAUACAGUCUAGCAGCUCGCUUGGAGAGGUUUCACACACAAACUUUUGUUCAACUGUGUUCAAGAUAAUAUCAUUAAUUAGAGUUGACAGUUUUCAGGCUAAAUUUCUACGCCAACUACAUCUCAAAACCACACAAAAGACCUGAAACUAUCCCCCCCAAAAAAACUGGGCAUUAAAAAAAGUGAGACAUUUUCACACAUUUGUGAUGAAUGGACAGUACCCCUCUCCAAAUCUUUGCAAUAUACCUUGCAAUGGAAAUGGUUCUGUAUAUCUGUAUCAUAGACACACUGUCUGCACUAACACUUUGCCUUUUUGUAGAAAUUUAUUCAUUUAAUUUGGAUUACUUGCUAUUAAAAAACACCUCUUCAUUAACCGUCUGUCUGCUGGUUAUACCCUGAGCAUGGGACAGCAUGAUUCCUGCCCCAAUGGUCCUCUAUUAGCACUUGUUGCAGUUCCAAUUAUUGACCACUAGGUGGAAUAAUACCACAGCUAUGUGGGGCAGUGAGUGCUGCCCCAUAAUUGCGCAAUAUCUAGUAAGGCAAGUAAAUCAGUGGAAUAUUUGUUGAUACUUGUCAAAUAGAAACAUUUGAAAAAAUAUCAUUGGUCAUUCAAAAGUGGUAAUUAGUAUGUUAAUUGAAUUUAAAACAUAUGGAGUUGUAAAUGAGGACUUUAUGUAGAUUAACAUUUGUUGAAUUGCCCAUAUAAAAGGUAAGGUUCUGCUCCGUUUCCUCUAUGAAUGACUCUCCACUGCUCUUAUUUUUAUUUUAAUACAAGCAAAAUAGAUUAUGAAAUAGGUGAAAAUGAUGAUCCUACUAAUAAUGAAUCGUUCUCUGUUAAUGCCACCGAUUACAUUUGGAGUUCAGAGAAUUUUAACGCAUUAGCUAUAAAUUUGAGUGUUAUUACAGCACUAGGUGACAGAUUUUUACUACUGAAAUAUAUUAUUACAUACAACAUACAAUAAAAAGAUUUAUCUUAAAUGAAAUGGUUUAUUGAAAUCACCAUUGGAACAGGCAUGUGAGUCUUAACAACAAGGACCUGCUGCAGAGAAAAUACAUAUGAAAUUACGAACCUUUCAAAAGCUGAGCUGCUGCAGUGAACUGAAAUUUAUAAUGUUAAGAUGAAUAACACAACAUUUUUCUCAGUGGGAGCAUCUGUAGCCUGCAGGUGGAUCUGCAGAAUGGCAUCUGGAGCAGUGGCCUUAGCUGCAUUUAUCAGGGCUGCCAGGCUGCUAGGACAGAACUGAUUAAAAUUUCAUCAGCCCUGGUGGUGACUGCUUCUGUGCAUUCAUGAAAUAAUAUGCAUGUGCAUGUAUAAAUAUAGAUCUGCUACUGUUAUAACUUUCUGAGAAAAUCCCUAAGAUGGAUUUGCUUAAACACAGGCAUAAUAAAGGGAAAUGCAUUCUGUA